AUGUUCGACAUGUCCAGGGUCGGCAAGGAGAACGUGACCGCCAAUGUUGACAGCCAGGAUUCCCCAGCGUCGAAAGUGUCUUCAUCAUCGGCGGGCUCGCUCGACCCACAGAAGGCCUUAGAUCAAUACUUGUACGACUACAAACCAGGGAUGACUGUGUUCCACCGAUUCACGCAGAUCAAGCCACCAGGUGGCAUUGAAAUGGUCAAGCAGUUGAAGGACUCCUACGGCGUUCCUGGCAAGCAAGGCAUAUCGUGUCCCUGGUUCGACCCGGCCACCAAGUGCGCCAACUUCGUCCCUCAUGAGGAAAACAUCCGUGAACAGGAGGCCGUUGUAGAGAGCUAUAUGGAGAGGAUCCUCGACAAUGGCGUCGUCUCCGACUGCCGCGGCAGGUGCUUUGCGGUGCAGAGCCCCACUCCAACAGGCCUGCCCUACAAGCUGAUUGCUUGGGGUACGAUGGGCAGAGCUGCUUGCAGGUGCUUCAGCGAGCACGCCGACAACGAGAACGUGAAAUUCAGUAAGUCUCUUGGCGUAGAGGACGUGUUCAUAUUCAGCCACCGCAUGCCGCCAGACGCGUACAUCUUCUUGCGCGAGACGUUUGAGAUCAUGACGCUGAUCCCAGCGAAAAUCGAGGCAGAGGGUUGGCAUGGGAAUCCUCAGCAGCCCAAGCUCAUUUGGGAAUGGGUUCAAGACACAUAUCCUGGCAGAUACCCGUCUGAGCACGCCUUCAUCAACGCGAGGGCCCUCAUCAACAAGAUCCGGCGCUACGAGGUGUACGAUGACUGGAUGAAGUUCUGCGGCAACUUUGUGGACUUUGCUUCUAAAACGUAUGAUAGCACAUCGGUAAUUACCAACGCCCAUGCCCUUUCGGUAGCAUUGGAGAAGGUCUACAAGACUUUGGACUUGGCCGAUUUGCAAACCGUGUGGUUCGAGGCGACGAUGCGCAUGAUGCCAAUUCGAGCUUCCAAGGCCCACUUGCUUGACUCGCGCAAGCUUCCGAAGUUCAUCCUGGACAAGCCGCAGCCGUCUACGGUCAGGUGGAUUAUCCAGGACAUGGGCGAGUCGGCGGUGGUCCAGAGAGCGUCCGACGAGAAGGAAAAUCCUAAAAAGAAAAAGAAAAUUGCGCCCAAGGGCAAGGGCCCCAGAGGCGCGGCAGCGCCGCCUGUUGCUGCGGAGGAGGACCCCUCGGCCGAAGUGCACGCGGAGGAGGAGGAGGGCGUGGACGGCAUGGUUAUGAAGGUCAGCCGCAAGGUGGUCUGGGUCGAGGACCACUUCAACGCCAUCAACGCCGCUUGCCACGGCCUCACCUUCGAGGUGCCGCCCGAGGAGAAGAAGCGCGUGAAGUGCAUCAUGACGGGGGCCGCCAUUGACUUCUUAUGGAAGGGCGGUUGGCCUGUCGUCGACAACAAGCCUAUCAAGGACUGGUCCGUCCUUCGGGAGUCGGUGCAGGAUCGGAUCCUGAAGAGCCACAGCCAGCCAUUCGACACGUUCAACCCUGAGACCAUCGCACAGACCAUGCCUGUUGAGCCCGACGCCGCGGGCGGCGCUGGCGCCAAGGAAUCGGAUGCUGCCGCUAGGCUUCUUGAUGCAGCAGCCGACUUCGAGACUGCCCUGGAUCUCGAUAACAUGCUCCGCGACGCCAGUGCGGUCGACAUGUUAAAGCAGUUCGCCACCGCCAACAAAACGUUCUUCAUGUCGCCACUCUACAAGGGGGUGAGAAAGACGAUUGACCAGAAGACUGACGAUUUCUUAUCGCCGAAGUCGGCUUCAUCCCACGGCUUUCCUGUUGAUUUCGUCGCAGCCUCCCUGUGCGAGGCAAUCGCGGCGACGGUCCCCGAUCAAGUGCAGAACAUGUACCGCGCUAUCCAAGGGCAGCUCCAGGCCGUGCCGAAGGAAGCCUUGGCGACCGAGAAGGUCAAGAUAUUCGAGAAGAUCAAGGCUGUCUCCAAUCUCUCGGAGUUGUUCAGCACAGUCGAUGAUCUCAGCUACUUUUUGAAUCUGAAGCUUAUGGUGCUGGAGAGGAUGCUGAAGUACAUUGGCACGAAGAUUGAGGACUCCCCGUGGGCCGAGGCUGAUAAGUUCACGGUCUACUGGGCUGCGGCCUCCAUCACGAUCAACAAGAACCCCGACCUGGUCUAUGCAACUGAGGUGAUGCCGGCAGGGAGCUGGGUGCAGGCGUGGACGGAUGUGCUCGAUCUUCUCGGCCAGGCGGAGACCAAGCUGGAGGGCGACAAGAGCAUCAAGGAGGUCACCGACGCCAUGGUUGCGCAGGUGGACGCCAUCCAGACGCAUGUCAAGACCAAGUUCAGUGCCAGCGACUCGGUCAUCCCUCAGCUGCAGACGCGGCCAGUGAAUCAGAUCCUGAAGUUGGCGGAUGUCCUUACUUUUCAGUGCGCGCCAGAGAUGAGCCAAGCUAUGCAAGUGCACAUUCGUGAGCAGCAGUUCCCCCGGGACUUGCCGAAGCUCACGAUCACUGGGGCGACGAGCGUGUCUUUUCCAUUCCUUCGUAGUCUUUUCUUGCUCCUUGAGCGCGACGUGUACAGUCGGGCGCUCGCCUCCAAGGAGACUGCGAGUGCCUUCGGUUUCGAUGUCUUGGCGCAGUCUGAUAAUAAGCGCUGCCAGCCAGUCGCUGUGGGGCUGGACAAAGCCAGGCAUGCGCUGUCGUUCGCCGGGCCUGUUUCAAUCACUUCCUCAGCUCUUUGUCGGCCUCUGUGCCUACUCUGCUUAGGCAGCGAAUCUGGGCCGCAGAUUCCAAUUUAUAUGCAUGGAGAUAAGCUGAAGGAUUUGAGUCUUGGUGCCGAGUGCUGCGUGAUGGCUUGGAUGAUCCCAGAAUCCAAGAAGGGCGAAACAGCAAAUCUGGAGCUAAUCGAGAAGCCAGUGCACAUGAAGAUCCCUGAGGAUGUGCGCAAAGACAUGCUUGCUUCAUUUAACAUGUGCUCCGAAGGUGAAACUCGAGUUGGGAUGCCCGACUCGAUCUCUUUCCUUUCUUACAGCUUGUGCCCUGUUGCGGAUCUUCCGUCGCCGAGCGACGAAUUUGUUUCUUUGAGCUACCAUGUCCCUGGAAAGAGUAGGGUCAAGGCCAAGGCUAAGGCUAAGGCUACAGCCGCUGAUAAAAGUAUGAGUAUCCUGGAGUUGGCUGGCGGAGAGGCCCUUUUGAAGAAAGCCAAGAUCCAGGCUGGCGCAACCCCAGCUGCUGCUGCCAACACUCGUGGCCAAGGCACCCGCAAAAACCGUGGCGGCGCAGAGCUCGAUUGCUCGCAUUUGCUGCGCUGA